AUUAGGUGACGGGGGCGUGUCCCAGCGCCCAACGAUGACGUGUUCUUCCAGCGCCACGUCGUGAGGAAGUGGAGCGGUUGAAGGGCGCCUGGCGGUGCGGGGCUCGCGCCGUGUUCAAGCUGUGAGCUAAAGGUUACCUGGCUGGUGUCUUAUUGUUCUGGGAUCAUCUUCUGCCAGGGCAGGAGCUAUGUCAUGGAUCAAGGAAGGAGAGCUGUCACUUUGGGAGCGGUUCUGUGCCAACAUUAUAAAGGCGGGCCCAAUGCCCAAACACAUCGCUUUUAUAAUGGAUGGAAACCGUCGCUAUGCCAAGAAGUGCCAAGUGGAGCGACAGGAAGGCCACUCGCAGGGCUUCAACAAGCUGGCUGAGACUCUGCGAUGGUGUUUGAACCUGGGCAUCCUAGAGGUGACAGUCUACGCAUUCAGCAUUGAGAACUUCAAACGCUCCAAGAGUGAGGUAGACGGGCUGAUGGAUCUGGCCCGGCAGAAGUUCAGCCGCUUGAUGGAAGAACAGGAGAAACUGCAGAAGCACGGAGUGUGUAUCCGGGUCCUAGGUGAUCUACAUUUGUUGCCCUUGGAUCUCCAGGAGCUGAUUGCACAAGCAGUGCGGGCCACCAAGCACUAUAACAAGUGUUUCCUAAAUGUCUGCUUUGCUUACACAUCCCGUCAUGAGAUCAGUAAUGCUGUGAGAGAGAUGGCCUGGGGAGUGGAGCAGGGCCUGCUGGAUCCCAGUGAUGUCUCUGAGUCUCUGCUUGAUAAGUGCCUCUAUACCAACCACUCUCCUCAUCCUGACAUCUUGAUACGGACUUCUGGAGAAGUGAGGCUCAGCGACUUCUUGCUCUGGCAGACUUCCCACUGCUGCUUGGUGUUCCAACCAGUUCUAUGGCCAGAAUACACAUUUUGGAACCUCUGUGAGGCCAUCCUGCAGUACCAGAUGAACCAUAGCAUGCUCCAGCAGAAGGCCCGAGACAUGUAUGCAGAGGAGCGGAAGAGGCAGCAGCUGGAGAGGGACCAGGCUGCAGUGACAGAGCAGCUGCUGCGAGAGGGGCUCCAGGCCAGUGGGGACGCCCAGCUCCGACGGACACGCUUGCACAAACUCUCAGCCAGACGGGAAGAGCGGGUCCAAGGCUUCCUGCAGGCCCUGGAACUCAAGCGGGCUGACUGGCUGGCACGUCUGGGCACUGCAUCAGCCUGAGGGAGGCUGGCCUCCUGCCACUUUGCCCUGCCUCUGCCUCCAGGCCUCCACUCCCCUUUCUUUUCUUGGUGAAAGGCACCUCCCUCCUAGUGAUGAAUUGUGUUUCCUUUGCUUGGCCAGGGAGCCCCAGAGGCCAGAUCUGCUGGCCAUACAGACACCUUUUGGACUGACUGGGACAGUGGACCCUGGGGAGGGUUGAGGUGAGAGUCUCCCACAAGUACACUAAACCUGGCUCUGGCCACUGGUAGGUUCAGACAGCAGAGAGCUCCAGUUCUUGGCUGCCUGUUCCUCCGCCUCUGCCACCUCUUCAUGUGCUCCUAGAUGCACUUUAUUUUUUCACCAGCACAUCUUUCAACACACAGAGUUUCAGGGCAGAGUUCUCCCCCAAAACCUUAGCCCUUUACCCAUCCAUCUUAACCUUCUACGCGACUUUUACAAAAGAUUCGGCUCCACCUUGGAUCUGCUGGUAAAUAGCUCAUAGGCAGCCAGCAUUAUUUGGGCAAGGAAGGGGAGGGAGAGACAGAAAGAAAAUGUGCCCAUCUGCUGCUCCUCCCCCUGGGCUCUCCACCUGGGAUUUGCUAUUGAAUCUCUACCCCCCCCCCCCCCUCACCACACAGUGCUGAUUGCUCACUGAAAGGCUCAGCGCCCCCAAUGGCGCGCGGAAGCCAGGCGGGUGAUUACAAUCCAAUUACCUAUUGUCGACUCAGCCCACACAAGCUUUUCUCCUCCUCUUGCAGGGCAUGGGGCCAGGCUCCACGCCCCUGUGAGACCGGCCCCCUCCAUGACUACAGGGUAACAGAAGGGCCUGUAGGCCCUGGUGACUCUAAUCCACCACAGGCCUCCCUCCCUGGCCCACAUCACAGGACCCAGAGCACAGAAACAAGCCCUUCUCCCGACUGACUGCUGUCCUCACCAUCCCAGACUCUGCUGCCUGCCGUCUCAGCCUUUGAGGCUUCUCUGUUCUUGAGCUGGCCCCCUAAGUAGCCCCUGAGACGAUUUCUUCUCAGCGUGGCAGAGUCUCAGCUUGUUAGGGCUGACACUGCCCAGCAGGGAGAAGAGGGCCAAGUCAAGGGCUAUGUCCUUUCCCUUACCUCUCCCUGCCAGGCCUUGCUGCAGAGCUGCUGAGAGGAUUAGUGCCUUUGAAGAGCUGUCUGCCUGAGCAGCUCUGCUUCAGGUGCCGGGAGCAGCAAGCACCAGCCUUUAACACCAGCCAAACACCACUCUGUUUAGUCUUCCCAUUUUACUUUCUGCAAACUGUUUCCCCAGCACCUCCCUCUAGGGGAGAGGUGGGGUCUUGCAAGCAGUGGUCACAGCAGUCUUUAAACCCCUACCUUCCUUAUAUUCCAGUCUCCUCUUCCCCUUCCUGUGCCAGGUAUCCUGGCACAAGAGACCCCUUGGCCAUCAUCCCUGCUCCCAGAAUCAGGCCAAAAUGCCAGACACUGCGAUUGAAAAGCCAAUCAAUGCACCCUUUGGCAAGCCCCCCACACACACCUGGCAUUCCCCGCAACCAAUCCCUGGCACAGGGUUCCCAGAGAGCAGGUGCUGUACAUUUUCCAGCUUUACAAUGGGGCUGUUGACAGCCUUAAUUAGGGAGGCAUGAAUUAUGCGGCUAUAAUGCAGAGCCCUACAAUUAAGGCGGGAAUGAGGGGCUGGAGGCAACAAACGGAAUCUGCCCAGUGAGCCUGGCUAUUGAGUCCUGUCUCCGUUCUGUGUCUGACUUUCCCUAAUAUGACUGGGGUACAGCUGAGAAGUGAUUAAUGGAGCUGGUGUCUCUCUUUGGCGUUAGGACCUGUAUUUGGAGGAAGGUACACACGGGGAUGGGUAGGGGGCCAAGGGACCACUACUGCCAAGGAGCAGGAGCUGCAAACAGUUGAUACGGACUCCUCGUGAUUGCUUUCUACCGGUAGGAUUUGUACAAACCUACUCAACCCUUGCCUCAAGAUUAAGUAGAUGGGACCUGUUUAAAUGUCCUCUCACCUGUGAGCCAGUCCCUGACUUCAGGAUAAUUCUUGUGUUCUUGUGUCCUCCUGGAUUUCAAGUAGAAUGAUAAGAUUCUUUCUUAGAUGUAAAACUUGUUUACAAAUAGUACAACGGAACACCUUGC